GCGACUGCACGUUGUGCAUGUAGAGUUCUCCAGCGUUUCAGUUUUGUUUUUAAAAUCACUUUUUUGUUUAAAUGAAUGAAAUGGAUGGCGAUGUUUUAAGUCUGAAGAAACAGCUCUUGGAAAAAGAUGCGGAAAUUGCUGCUCUGAAAAACAAGCUUGAGCAAACCCAGAAGGAUAACUCAUUACUGAAGGACAUACAGGAGCAGGUAUCGCCUUUGGAUAAACUGCAGUACAAUUCUUUAACCAACGAUGACGUCAUGCGAUACAGCAGGCAGCUGCUCCUGCCGGAGUUCGGUGUCAAAGGUCAGAUGAGUCUUUUAAGCACGUCUGUUUUGGUGGUGGGAUGUGGAGGUUUAGGCUGUCCUCUAGCUCUUUACCUCGCUGCGGCUGGAAUCGGGCGUUUAGGACUGUUGGAUUAUGACGAGGUGGAGCUGAGUAAUCUGCACAGACAGGUUCUGCACACAGAGAAGACUCUUGGUCUACCCAAAGCCCAGUCUGCAGCACAGACUCUAAGCAGGUUAAAUUCUACAACACAGUGUGUGCCAUAUCAUCUCCAGCUCUCCUCUGAGAAUGCUUUACAACUCAUCCAACAGUAUGACAUCGUGGCUGAUUGUUCAGAUAACGUUCCAACACGUUACCUUGUUAAUGACGCCUGUGUUCUCAGUGGCAAGCCCUUAGUAUCUGCAAGUGCUUUGCGAAUGGAAGGCCAGCUCACAGUGUAUAAUUAUAAUGGAGGGCCUUGCUACAGGUGUUUAUAUCCCGUUCCUCCACCACCUGAAACUGUCACAAACUGCUCGGAUGGAGGAGUCUUAGGAGUGGUGGUUGGAGUCAUGGGCUGUCUUCAAGCUUUAGAGGUUCUGAAGAUCGCCUCUGCACAAAAAUCUUCCUUUGGCCAACAACUGCUGAUGUUUGAUGCUCAGGAUUGCCGAUUUCGCAGCAUAAAGCUGAGAGCCAAGCAGGCAGGCUGUGCUGUUUGUGGAGAGACGCCCACAGUCACAGAACUGCAGGACUAUGAGAGGUUCUGCGGCUCUUCUGCAACAGACAAGUGUCGAAGACUGAAUCUGCUGCCUGCAGAACAGCGAGUGUCUGUACAGGAGUAUAAAUCCAUCAUGGACUGCGGUACUCCUCAUCUCCUUCUUGAUGUUCGGCCCAAAGUGGAAGUGGACAUUUGCCAUCUGCCAGUUUCCAUCAAUAUUCCACUGUCCAGUUUAGAGGAUAAAAGGACAGACCACAUUCAUUUCCUAAAGGAGAAGAUUGGUAACCUAAAGAUGCAGAUUACCUCGGAAAUUCCAGUGUAUGUAGUGUGUAAACAGGGGAAUGACUCUCAGUUGGCUGUGCAGCUGCUGCAGAAGAUGUCUGGAAUUGAACUGGAGCACAUCGUUGUAAAAGAUAUAACCGGAGGCCUGAUGGCCUGGGCUAAUAAGAUUGAUCCAUCUCUUCCAAAAUAUUAACUUUCAUUUACUGAUUGUAUUCCUUUAUGCCAAGUUAUACAUGUUGAAAAGAAAAAAAAAGUUUCAUUUCUGUUUUUAUCAGUGUAAAACAAUUGGUUUAUAAGUAUUGUUUGUAAGUGCUCAGGAUCAGAAACAACACUCUUGACAGAGCCAGACACCCACCUUAAAUAAUCUUGACUUAAUGCCAAGCAAGCAUACACAGCUCUCACUGCAGUUUGAAGUGACUGGAUUGACCCAAAUUCCACAUACUCCUGAGGUACCUCCACAGCAGAUGUUGAGAUGCAAUCAAUUAUGGGUCUUCUCCAAAUCCAUCCACAUGUAGACUGGAUUAGUAAACUCCCAAGACCCAUUACAAGGCUGUUAAAGAGAGAGAUCUGUGCACAACCCACGCUGUUUUUCCUGAGUCCUUGGCUCAACUAUCUGCCAUAGCCUCCAAUCCAGAAUCCUGACAUAAUGUUUUCCUGGGAAGCUGAGGAGUGUGAAAGGGACCACAACCUCUGGUCCUCUUAUUUAAAGAACCACUGUCCCAAUUUUCUGGUCGAAAGGAAUAGAAAAAUGUGUUAAUCACAUAAGCACAACUUUGUGCAAUUUUUUCAAUGCCCCUAGAUAAAUCUUUUCCAUCCAUACGGCCUUGCCACAAGGGCUGUCCUCACUAAUUAUUAUAAUAAUAAAUUAUUUAACAAUUUUCUUAAUUUCUUAAUUAACAUCAAAUGUUUAAAAAGUACCUACCAAGUACCUUAUUAGAAACACCUGUACACAUUAGGCAAGGGCAUGGCAGCGUUUCAAAGCAUAAACUCAUGUUAAUAUGGGCCAGUAGGUUUAGAAAAUAGUUGUGUCAACCCCUUAGAAUGGGGAAAAAUGUGCUGAAAUGUGAAAAAAAUUUGAUCGUGCUAUGAUUUUUGGUGCCAGAUGAGCUGCUUCAAGUAUUUCUAUAAUUGAUAACCUCUUUGGAUUUUCAUGCAAAACAAUCUAGACUUUACACAGAGUCGUGUAAUAAAGAAAAAAAGAACAUGCAGUGAUCAUCAGUACAGUAACUCAGAUAACCAAGAGCAGAAAAGCAUCUCACAAGCAUGCAAAACAAGUGACGGCUUUAGGUGGAUGGACUACACAACACUGGUUAAGCAAACUAAGGUAGCUCCUAUUUGAUACACAGGAAGUGUAGUAAACAUAUUAAAUGUAAAUUAAUGUAGUUAAUUGAUUUAGUCAUGUACAGUAUGAAGAUGACCCUUCUGAGUGAAAUCUUGCUUGCUGUGACAUUCCUAUAGAGUUAUCAGAUCAUAAAGCAGAAUGUCACUGUGACUUAAAAGCAGUUUAAAUCUGGGUAAAUCAACAUAAUUAUGAAGUUGAACAGAUUGUCACUUAAUCAAAAACAAUAUUUCUAUUUUGUUUAAUUUUCUCCCUAUUACCUUCCAUUCUCUACAUUCUACACGCCUGCAUACAAAACAUUUUAUAAACACAUGUGACCUUUAAACAUGCUUUAAUGCUGUUAAUGUUUAUUCCUCUUCCCUAAUUUACUGCUUAUUCAUUUUUUGCUUGGGACAAAGCUCUUGUAGCUUUCAUCAUGAAGCAGAUCAGUUCUUCCUUGUGAUUUGUUAAGUCAACUUUACUGUACAUUAUCGCCACCUUCUGGAGCUCUAUACUAAACUCAUUCACACAGAUACAAUCCAAAGAAUCAAGACAUUUCUGAAACUGCCUCCUGAAAUGAGGAAUAAAUAAGCCUGCUCAAAAUUUACCUUUCAUUGCUAACAAAAUAUUCAAAGUAGAGGUAAAAACUCAUCUGCACAUGCUCAGAAAAAAAAAAAUUGUGCACAGUUUAGUCAUUGUAAAGGUCCAUGUAAGACUGUCUGCCACACCCCCUCAGCCUUCAUCUUAACGUUGAUGACCCCACAAGGUUCACAAGAUAUUUUAGGCUGAGUUUCAUUGUGUUAUGUGGGUGGCCUACUUACUCACUUGCCUGUAGACACUACCCCUCUCCUGGCUCUGGAUGGGUCACAGUUGCCCUAAUCCACGUAGGGUACAUUUGGUCUUUUUUGUACCUUUCAAGGGGUGUCUUUCGGUUCACUCUUUGUCUAAUCGCUCUUUAGAUCUGUUCACCAUGGGUGGCCCUACUGUGGAAGCAUUAAGCUAUUGGUUAGAUAGUUCUAAGUUCUGAAUACAAGACCUGUCAAUAAGAUCAUAAUCCAUGGAUCAACAAGGUAUGAAAAACAAAUGCAAUAUAUGUAUAUGUGCAAUGUAUGUAUAUGUAAAAAAAUAUAUGUAUCCUGCAAGAAGAUGGCAAACACAAUACAAAACAUGAAUAUUGAUACUGCUGUCAAGGAAUUUUCCCAUGCCAUUUGGAAAGAAAAACUCCUGGUUAACCUGGUCAUUUACAACAUUCAGGUAGUCAGCUGAAUUUAUUUUAUUGCAACAUAGUUGAGCCUAGCCCUGCCCAAGAAAAGCAACCCCAGAUCAUAACACUGCCUCCAGAGGCUUGUACAAUGGACACUAUGUAUGAUGGGUGCUUCAUGCACUUUCCUUCUUACGCCGAUGUGCCUUUCACUUUGGCACAAGAAAAAAAUCUGUACUCAUCAAACCACAUGACCUUUUUCCAUUACGCCAAAAUCCAAUCUUUAUGCCCCCUAGCAAAUUGAAGCCUUUUAUCUGAUUAAGCUCACUAAAACCCCAUUCAAAACAAGUCUGAACUGCAUGAGGAACAUUUAUGGAUAUGCAUGCACACAGUUAUGGUUUCUGACAUGGUACAAAAAUGUCAGAAUGGUACAAAAAUUGGGCCUACAUUCAUGACAGUCUAGGAAAUGACACUGGAAAAGCUGCAAAUCAUGGUGCCAUAAUGAGUGGCUUUCUCCAUUAGACUACUUUUUAUCAUCAUGGGAUGGACCUGGUUUUCUUAUGGCCACACAACUGUUUAGUCUUAAUCAUGUGGGUUCUCAUUACAUUGCAUGUGUGUGGAAAUGCUCUUAAUUUCACUAUUUAAAAAACAGCAGUGAUUUCUCUUGGUUUCCAAUCAUGCAACUUUGCCAAGUGUUUGUGAUUUCCUACCAUGAUCAUUAUUAUUUUUUUAUGACCUCCCUUCUAUAAGGUUGAUGGUACAUCUCUGUCCUUCCAUUGCAUUUUAAUAAUGUCUUGGACAGUCUAUAACCCAAUUCCAAUUAUAUCAAAUUCACAUUUUUGUCACAUACCUAACCAUACGCAGUAUGAUACGCAGUGAAAUGCUUACACAACUGUUUGUGACCUUAAAAAAAAGGAAG